UCUCAAGCCGCCGCCUACGAGUUCACCACGCUCACGUGCAUACCGGGCAACAUUAUCUACAACGACACCAAGAUUCAACUGCUCGACCUGCCGGGAAUCAUCGAAGGCGCAGCGCACGGGAAAGGGCGUGGGAAGGAAGUGAUUGCCGUGGCCCGCUCCUCGGACCUCGUUCUCAUGGUCCUGGACGGAGGCAAGGAGCAAGUCAACAACCACCGUGCCAUCCUCGAGCGGGAACUCGAGACAGUGGGGCUCCGGCUGAACAAGAAACCGCCCAACAUUUAUUUUAGAAAGAAGAAAGACGGUGGGGUCAAGUUUAACUCGACGGUGCCGCUCACACAGCUGGGGCCCGACCCGGCCUUGACCGUCGGGCGCAUCCUCUAUGAAUACAAGAUCCACAACUGCGAGAUGCUCCUGCGGGAGGACGUCUCCACGGACCAAGUCAUCGACGUGAUCGAGGGCAAUCGGAAAUACGUCAGGUGCCUGUACGCCUACAACAAGAUCGAUACCAUCACCAUCGAGGACGUGGACAGGCUGGCUCGGGAGCCUGACGCCAUCGUCAUCUCCGUCCGCCACAAGCUCAACCUGGAGCGCCUCCUCGAACGCAUGUGGGACUACAUGGGGCUAAUCCGCGUCUACACGAAACGGCGAGGCGCCCCCCCCGAGUUCAAAGAGCCGCUCGUCAUGUCCAGUGAGAGGAGAGGAGUGACUGUGGAAGUGGCUUGCGAGAAUAUCUCCCGAGAGCUUUCUGAAAUAUUCAACUACGCCUUGGUCUGGGGUCGUAGCACAAAAUAUGACCCGCAACGCUGCGGCUUGCAGCAUACAUUGGAGGAUGAGGACGUUGUACAGGUGGUGGGUAAGACAGUGACGCAGCAAAAACGCGAGAAGGGGUAUUCCAAGAAGGUCCAGGAGCAUUGGGACGCGUUGAAAGCGAAGAAGAAAAAGGCUGCGCUGCGCUCGUAAUGAAACCAGACGACGUUGCUUUUACAGCAUGGAAAAGUCGUAAAGUCGUAACGCGAAAAGUAAAUUUCCCGACAAUCUAAUCACAA